AUAUUUCCACUUUUAUCCGCUCUACUUAAUUACUGGAUAAUUACCUAUGAAGAACCAAUUCAUACCGAUUGUCGUUGAAUCAACUCGGAAACUGGGUAAACCCAUUCUCUAUGUUAUACUGACAUUUGCCACCAUCAAAGUAUCUCAUUCUCUAUAUUGCUACAUGCGAAAUCAUACGAUGUCAUCUUCUUCAUCAACCUCAACUGCAACUGAUCCUGAAACUCUCCGGCGAGACCGAAUUCUAUCCAGCAAGCUCUACUUCGAUGUUCCCCCUUCCAAGGUCCCAAUGGUUUACUCACCCGCUUACGAUAUUUCGUUUCUUGGAUUAGAGAAGCUGCACCCAUUUGAUUCUUCUAAAUGGGGUCGCAUAUGCCAGUUCCUCAAUGUGGAUGGUUUGGACAAAAAUCGUAUUGUUGAGCCAAUGGAAGCUUCAACAGAGGAUCUCCUUGUGGUACAUACAGAAUCAUAUUUGGAUAGUCUGAAGAGCAGUGCAAAUGUUGCCGCGAUAAUGGAGGUCCCUCCUGUUGCAGUAGUUCCCAAUUGUCUUGUGCAGAAGAGUGUUCUUUAUCGAUUCCGCAAGCAGGUGGGUGGAACCAUAUUGGCAGGCAAUCUUGCAAGAGAGCGAGGAUGGGCUAUCAAUAUUGGAGGAGGGUUCCAUCACUGUUCUGCUAAUAAAGGAGGUGGAUUUUGCGCUUAUGCAGACAUUUCUCUUUGCAUACAUUAUGCCUUCGUUAAGUUAAAUAUAUCGAGGGUUAUGAUAAUUGAUCUUGAUGCACAUCAAGGAAAUGGUCAUGAAAAGGACUUUUCUGAUGACGAGCGAGUUUAUAUUUUGGAUAUGUACAACCCUGGAAUAUAUCCGUUUGAUUAUGAGGCGAGGAGGUACAUAGAUCAGAAGGUUGAAGUACAGACUGGGACAACAACAGAUGAGUACCUAAAGAAAUUAGAUGAUGCACUUGAGGUUGCUGGACGUAAGUUUGAUCCUGAGCUAGUAGUUUACAAUGCUGGCACUGAUAUCUUAGAUGGGGAUCCACUGGGCAGGUUAAAGAUUAGUCCCGAGGGGAUAGCUGCUAGAGAUGAGAAGGUCUUCAGAUUUGCUCGCUCAAGAAACAUUCCUAUAGUCAUGCUCACAUCAGGUGGUUAUAUGAAGUCCAGUGCCAGAAUUAUAGCAGAUUCAAUAAUAAAUCUCUCGAGAAAACGCCUUAUAGAUUUGGGGAGUUCCCGGUGAAGCUCUAGAUGCAGUUAAAAGGCCAUUUCUCUAUGCCAUAUGGAUCAUAUUCAUAUGGGGAAAUAGAAAAACACCAAACGUUUCACCUUUGUUUAUUAUCGUAUAAAUCUGAAGCAAAUUUGUGUUAAAGCUCUACCUUAGUUAUGUCUUAUGUAUAUAUUGGAAUUUAAAGAGGGCAAAGGAAAAAAGACAUGACGGUGAUUCAGUUAUAUUGCUGUGGUAAAUGUAUGAAAUUACUCCCUUGUAUAUUGUUUUCUUCAA